AUGUCCUUUUUACUACGGAAGAUUGAGCUUCCAAAAUUUGACGGUAGCCUUAUCAAUUGGUGCGCGUUUCGCGAUAUGUUUACGUCACUAGUGCAUGAAAAUCGGUCAAUAACGGAUAUAGAGCGCUUUCAUUAUUUGGUGUCUUGCUUAUCAGGUUUGGCCCUAAACAUUGUAAAAUCAGUUCCGCUAACUUCGGAUAAUUAUGCAAUCGCCUGGUGUGCGCUUCGGGAUCGUUAUGACAACAAGCGACUUCUCGCUACAGCACAUUGUGAUAAACUAUUUUCGUUUGAACGUUUACAGCGGGAAUCGGUAUCCUCGUUAUUAUCAUUUGUUAAUACUUUUCGCGAGAAUGUUUCCGCGUUAAAGGCACUUGGUGUUGUUGAUUUGUCUGGAUUCUUGCUAUUCUACAUCGGUGCCCGUGUCAUUGACCCCGAUACUCGUCGAUUAUUUGAAGCAAGUAUACCUCAAGAAAGCUUACCAAAGCUGGAUGAACUAUUGGAUUUCGCCGCGAAUCGGUGUAAGAUAUUGGAAAAUGUCGGCGUUAACGCGGAUACGCUGUCAGUGGGCAACAGUAGUUCUAGAAAGGGCAAGGGCAGCCAGACGUCCGUGAAGACUUCAUUAUCGACUACUGCUACUGCCAAGAACAGUUGUGCGUUCUGCGAUCGUGAUCACCCGUUAUUUCGAUGUUUAGUGUUCAAGAGAAAAUCUGUCACCGAACGGCGGGAGUUUGUUCUUAAGAAGAAGCUAUGUUUUGUUUGUCUACGUCCGGAUCAUGAAGCAAACUCGUGUAAGUCGGCGUACGUAUGCAAAACUUGUGAAGGACGACACAGCGUACUGCUCCACUUAGAUUCAAAAAAUAAGGGUAUAGGAAAGUCGUCAACACUAAACGCAGCGACAAUUCAAAAACCGAUUGAAAGCCCCGUGGAUCAGAACUUUACAUCUACUAACUUCUCAGGUGCUGUGAAAUCGGAUGUGAGUGUUGUACUGGCUACGGCGAUAGUGAGGAUUCGAGACCACUCUGGUGCGUUGGUGCCAGUUCGAGCUUUAUUAGAUACUGGAUCACAAAUUUCGGCCAUUACCAAUCAAUGUGCUAUCCAACUUGGUUUGCCACGUCACAAGGGACGAAUAGAGGUUAGUGGUCUGGCACAGCUGUCUGUACGAACUGUAAAGGGUUCAACCAAUUGUAGUUUUGUUCCAUUGCUGUAUGAUGCUCCGCAAAUAUCGGCCACCAAUAUCGUAAUAUUACCAAAAAUCACCGCGUUUAUACCGAAUCAAAAAUUACCCGUUUCAAUUCGUGAGCGAUACGGGCAUCUCCCACUUGCUGACCCUAAUUUUGAUGUGCCAGUCCCCGGUCUGCCUUCAGCCUUGAACACGCAGUUUGGAUGGGUAAUAGUCGGAGCCAUAGAAGGGUCAAGGGAAUACUCUACUGCUUCAUCGUUGGCAGUUCAUGCGGCAUCAGAUAGCCAAGAUAUAGGGGAGCUCUUACAGCGAUUUUGGGUAGUUGAAGACUUUGAUAUAAGCCAUGGACCAAGCAUGGAAGAUGAAGCAUGUGAAAAAUAUUUCCAAGAAACAGUAUCGCGGGACUGCAAUGGAAGAUUUCAUGUUGCAUUGCCUUUCAAAUCCAUAAUUCUGGGUUCAAUGGGUACGGAAAUCACAAAGCGCGAUGAUCAUUCAUUAGGUUUAGGAUCGUCCCGCUCACUAGCUUUGAAUCGCUUGUAUAAUCUCGAACGUCGCUUAAGCAAAGACGAAGAGCUAUAUAAUGCCUAUCGUGACUUUAUGGAUGAAUAUAUUGCACUAGGCCAUAUGCAGUUGGCCGAACUCGCUGGAAAAUAUUUCAUACCACAUCAUGCGGUUGUAAAACGGAAGGAGAAUGACAUAAAAAUUCGAGUUGUCUUCGAUGCCUCCGCUCCCUCUUCGUCGGGACGUUCUUUGAACGAUUGCUUAACAACUGGUUCUAAAUUGCAAACUGAUAUCGGGGACAUCUUAUUGCGUUGUCGAUUUUAUAAGUAUAUGUUCAUAGCAGACAUAGUUAAGAUGUAUCGACAAAUAUUCGUUCUAGAAGAAGAUCGUUUUUACCAACACAUUCUGUGGAGGCGUUCACCACAUGAGGAAGUAAAAGAAUAUGAGUUAUGUACUGUUACAUAUGUUAUUAAUUCAGCACCGUUCUUUGCCAUUCGUUGUCUUCUUCAAUUGGAACAAGAUAAUGGUCCAGAAUUUCCAUUGGCAAGACAAUUUCUGCGGUCAUACACCUAUGUGGACGACAUUAUUGCAGGUUCCAAUACAAGGGAAGAAAUAGUGAAUGUGCAAUGUCAAAUCGUUGGGUUGUUACAGAAAGGCUGUUUUGAGCUAAGUAAAUGGGCUAGUACUUGCCCCGCAGUUUUGGAAGGCGUUGCAAAAGAGCACUGUGCCAGUAACCCAUACUAUGAACCUCAUUCUGGACAGGCUGUCAAAAUAUUGGGUCUUUAUUGGGACCCGUUUGGAGAUACAUUCGGAUACAGGUCAAAUAUUACUGGGAUGCAACCCACAAAACGAUCGGUACUAUCAGUCCUCGCUCGAUUAUAUGAUCCCAUUGGGACAUUAGGUCCAAUGGUUUUCUGGGCUAAGUGCCUAAUGCAAGAGUUAUGGUGCCAAGGACUGAACUGGGACACUCCAAUUUCCAAAGAGAUCUCCUCCAAGUGGAAUGUAUUCAUAGAAGAACUUACAUCGUUGGAGCAUUUGAAGUUGUUUCGUCAUAUUAGCAUCGUAAACUGCAUAAAGGUGCAGUUAAUAGGGUUUGCAGAUGCGUCACAAAGGGGUUAUGCUGCGACGGUCUUUCUACAAGUAAUGGACAAUCAAAGUUUCAUCAACGUGCAUUUCAUUGCCUGCAAGUCAAGGGUUGCUCCGCUAAAGACGUCCAAGAUCGAUAAAUCCUUGACCAUACUCCGUUUAGAACUUUGUGCAGCACUUCUGUUAGCACGUCUCAUGUCACACAAGAUGUCACUGUUGAAGGAGUUGGUUUAUGUACAAGGCAUCAAAGCAUUCACCGAUUCGACCGUUAUCUUGGCAUGGUUAAAGGCCAAGCCAAAUGAUUUUAAAAUAUUUGUUACAAAUAGUGUCAACAAAAUAAAGGAACUUCUGCCACAAUGA